UCAGAUUCCAGACUCUCUUCCACCAUGGCCAAUUCAUUCAGUUUCUUUUUGGAAAAGGAGUUUGCGCCGAUCUCCUCUUGUUCGCAAUGGUUUAACACACUUCAGGCCUAUGAACUGCAAGCAUCUUAUAUCAUUAUCUGCUAGCUUCAUAUGAGUAAGAAGACAUGUUCAACCAGGUUUUCAGAGACCUCAGAAAAUGGAUUAAAUAAGAUUGACAGAAAUUGAGGGAUUUUCCCAGCAGUUAUAGAAAAAAAUAGGUCUCAUCCUUCCUCUUGCCCAGUUGUUUCUGUUUUACAUAAUGGACACUAUAUAAGGGUUCUUCCUCCUAUGGCUCUACACUCUAUGUAAAGAUAAAUCAAGGCAACACCCAGCCCUAUUUGUGUAUUCAGAAGACCAGCCCCCUGGGGAGACUUUUAACUUUUUUUUUUUGCACCUCAUCUGACACUGAUACUUCAACAAUGAUGUGCCCAUGGAAGCUGUUCAUGAAGUCGGAAAACAUAAAGGGAAAAAACUCUUCUGAUGUAACCGAUCUGAACAACAAUCUGCCCCAGAAUAAGAAGCACCCCAGUUCCUUGAAGCAAGAGGAUGUCAAAUCCAAUGGCACGAACAGUGAUAUGGCCGAAAUUAAAUCAGGAAUAGAGAAGAGUGCUCAGGAAAAUCAUGGAUCUUCAUGCAGAAAAGCGGUUUGUCCCAAAUUUUUCAAGCUAAGAAACUAUGAGAAUGGAAAGACGUGGCAAGACACAUUACAUCUCAAUGCAAACCAGAACCUCGGCUGCCAGUCAACUGUUUGCCAUGGAUCAAUAAUGAACGCUAAGUGCUAUGAGAGAGGUCCAAGGGAUAAGCCAGUACCAAAAGAUGUUCUAUUACCUCAAGCAGUAGAGUUUAUUAAUCAAUAUUACAAUUCUUUCAAAGAGCCUCAAAUAGAAAACUACCUGAAUAGACUGGAAACAGUCAGCAAAGAUAUUGAACUUACUGGAACCUACCACCUAACGUAUGAUGAGUUAGUAUUCGCAGCUAAACAGGCAUGGAGAAAUGCCCCCAGGUGCAUAGGACGGAUCCAGUGGAAUAAUUUGCAAGUGUUUGAUGCCCGGUACUGCAAGACAGCUCAGGAAAUGUUCCAGCUCAUCUGUCGUCAUAUAAAGUAUUCCACGAAUGGCGGCAAUAUAAGGUCUGCGAUUACCAUUUUUCCUCAGCGUACUGAUGGGAAACAUGAUUUCAGAGUCUGGAACAGUCAGCUGAUUCGAUAUGCAGGGUAUGAAAUGCCAGAUGGGUCAACCAUUGGGGAUCCUGCCAGUGUAGAGUUUACAGAGCUAUGUAUACAGCUUGGAUGGAAACCAAAAUAUGAGCAAUUUGAGAUUCUUCCUCUGGUACUGGUGGCAGAUGGCGAGGACCCAGAAUUAUUUGAACUACCUAAAGAUCUAGUAACUGAAGUUAUCAUGGAACAUCCAAAAUUUGAGUGGUUUAAAGAUCUAAACCUGAGGUGGUAUGUACUACCUGCCGUUUGCAACAUGCUUCUUGAAGCCGGAGGCAUUGAAUUUACAGCAUGUCCCUUUAAUGGCUGGUACAUGGGGACAGAAAUUGGUGUUCGAGACUUCUGUGAUGUUCAGCGUUACAAUGUGCUGGAGGAAGUGGGAAGGCGGAUGGGCUUAGAAACUCACAAGCUGGCAUCACUGUGGAAAGACCACGCAAUUGUAGAAAUCAACGUAGCUGUUCUAUACAGCUUCCAUAAGCACAAUGUGACCAUAAUGGACCAUCAUUCUGCAGCUGAGUCCUUUAUGAAGCAUAUGGAAAAUGAAUAUAGGUUAAGGGGAGGAUGCCCAGGAGACUGGGUUUGGCUUGUUCCACCAAUGUCAGGAAGUAUCACGAAAAUUUUUCACCAGGAAAUGCUUAGUUACAUUCUGAGCCCUUUUUACUAUUAUCAGAUCGAUGCCUGGAAAACUCACGAGUGGCAUGAUGAGAGCCGUAAACCAAAAAAGAAAAAAUUCAAGCUCAGUGUUAUUUCCAAGGCAGUCCUUUUUGCCUCAGCACUUAUGUGGAAAUCUAUGGCUGCCAGGACAAAGGCUACAAUCCUUUUCGCGACCGAAACUGGAAAGUCCGAGACAUUUGCCAAAAAGUUGCAUACAUUAUUUAGCUAUGCAUUUAACACUAAGGUGAUAUGUAUGGAAGAUUACAAUAUUGGUAACUUGGAUAAAGAAUCUCUUCUGCUGGUGGUUACCAGCACGUUUGGAAAUGGUGGCUGCCCUAACAAUGGAGAGAAAUUCAAGAAAUCAAUUUUUAGCUUGAAGAAACUACAAGAAAAAUUGAGGUACAGUGUUUUCGGACUUGGCUCCAGCAUGUAUCCACAGUUCUGUGCAUUCGCCCAUUCCCUUGACCAAAAACUGGCACAGCUUGGUGCUUCCCAGAUUAGCCAUAUUGGUGAAGGAGAUGAACUUUGUGGGCAAGAAGAGGCAUUCCUGUCAUGGGCUGUCCGCACAUUUCAGGCUGCAUGUGAAGUGUUCAAGAUCCGUGACAGACAGAAAAUUACAUUGCCAAAAUGUUAUACCUCAACAGAAGGCUGGAUUCCUGAAAACUAUCGUCUUGUUAAUGAAACUCAACCUUUAGAUCACAUCAGAGCACUUUCAAAACUGCAUUCGAGGAGCAUCCUGAAAAUGACCCUAAAGUCAAGGCAACAUUUGCAAAGUCCUAAAUCUAGCCGUGCCACCCUCCUAGUGAAACUUUCCAGUGAGAAUUACCAGGAAGUCCAGUAUCUGCCAGGAGAACAUGUUGGUGUGUUUCCUGGCAAUCAGCCAGAACUAGUUACAGGCAUAAUUAAACUUCUGAAGGAUGCGCCCCCCAUCAAUCAGGACAUCCGGCUGGAGACCCGCAGUGAACAGGGUAACUUCUGGACAGCCAGUGAGAAAAUCCCUCCCUGCUCACUGUCCCAGGCAUUAACUUACUUCCUAGACAUAACUACUCCACCUUCCCAACUGCUUCUGAAAAAGCUGUCUCUUCUGGCCACUGACGUAGAAGACAAGAAGAGAAUGGAAGACUUGAGCAAAGAUACAGAGAAGUACAAUGCCUGGGUGUCCUACAAUUACCCAUCAUUCCUUGACAUACUGGAAGAGUUUAAGUCUCUUGUUGUACCUACUACAUUUCUGCUGACUCAGUUACCACCGCUUAAGGCAAGGUACUACUCUAUAAGCUCCUCAAAUGACAUGACACCUGGAGAGAUUCACCUCACCGUUGCUGUUGUAAACUACAAAACUAAAGGAGGUAAUGGUCCACUUCACCAUGGGGUGUGCAGUACAUGGUUUAACACUAUGAAUCUGAAUGAUAUGGUUCCUUGUUUUAUACGGAGCACUAACACCUUCCAUCUCCCAGCGAAACCCUCAUCACCAUGCAUUCUGAUUGGCCCAGGAACUGGAAUUUCUCCAUUCAGAGCUUUCUGGCAGCAGAGAUUGUAUGAUAUGCAGAAAGGUAAGAAAUUUGGCUCUAUGAUAUUGUUAUCUGGCUGCCAGCAACCCGAAGUUGAUGAAAUCUAUAAAGAGGAGAAGGAAGACAUGAAAAGUAAAGGUGUUGUACAAGGUAUAUUCACUGCUUAUUCCAGGCAGCCAGGACAAGCAAAGACAUACGUUCAGGACAUUCUGAAAAAUGACCUUAAAGAUGAAUUGUUUAGGACUCUGUUUGGAGAAGAAGGCCACUUGUAUGUGUGUGGACAUAUCGAGAUGGCCAGGGAUGUGGCUACUACCAUUAAGCUGAUUAUUGCAAGGAAGAUGAAUCUGAACAACGAGGAAGCAGAAAAAUUUAUGACCCAGUUAAAGAAUGAAAUGCGUUAUCAUGAAGAUAUAUUUGGAGCAGCACAUAAGACACAGCAGCCCCAGAAAAAGCUCUAACCUCUUGAUGCAGCAUAUCCUUGCUGUGAAUCAACUUCUAUAGUCUUAUUUUGGAACAUUGCAAUAUAAAUUGUAUUAAAACAAUGGUGCAGAUUUAAUAAUACUGUCUAAUUCUAAGACUGCACAAAUGUGCCAGAUUUAUCACAGUGGAACAUGCUAGUUUAAGUUUAGACCAUCUUCAAGUUGGCUUCAUUUACAUCAAAAUUUUAUACUGCAAUUUUGGCACAAUUUUUGGAGUCAAAUGCUAGCCACGCUUUCUUUUACAUAAAAACACACCCUUGCGACUAAGCCAUGCCUUCUUUUCAUGAGAGUCUCAGAAGUGUCUAAAAAGAUGGUUGUCACUCCCCCUCCCAUAGACUUGAAUAAAGGGGACAUGACAUCACGACCAUGGUCGCCUUAAACCAGUGCUGGACCGGAGAUCCCAGGGGGUCGCACAGGCCUUUGUAUAGGGGAUAAGCCUUCUAGGGGCAGAGUACCCCUUUAACUUCCAUGGAGUAAUAUGGGAAAUUUCACUUACCUCUAUAAACAUCAUUGGACUUUCCGUUAGUUUGCUUGACUGCAUUAUAAAAUAUUUCCUUGUAGAACUGGAAUACAAUAGAGCUGCAGAUGGCUGAUUCCCAAUAUAUCUUAGCUAAACACAAUGGGGGAGAUUUAUCAAAGGAUUUAGACUAGUUUUUCCUGUCUAAAUUUGUCGCACAGAAAGUCGCAGU